AUGUCGACACACACCUGGCGAGCGUGGGCCAUCUACAUGGUCCUAGCUGCAAACCUCUCUGAAGAGCAAGCACUGAAGCAGGCUUGUCCUUCAUGUGAUGCCACUCAGCUUUGCAACUGCUCUUCCAUGGGCUUGAACUUUAUUCCCUCAGGGCUCACGGGCAAAAUCACGGUGUUAAACCUGGCCCACAACAGGAUAAAGCACGUCCGAUCCCAGGAUCUGCAGCAGUCUGUGAACCUGAGAGCUCUGCUGCUGCAGUCCAACGAAAUCAGCUCAAUAGAUGAGGACUCAUUUCGCUCCCUUGGGAAACUGGAGCUCUUGGACUUAUCAAAUAACAGCUUGGCUCACUUGUCCCCUGCAUGGUUUGGGCACCUUUUCUCACUCCAGCAUCUCCACCUUCAAGGGAACUCCUACAGAGAUCUGGGGGAAAGCUCUCUCUUUUCUAAGCUGAGGAACCUGAGCUCUCUCCACCUGGGCAACCCGUGGGUCUCCACGAUAAGGCAAGGAGACUUUGAGGGCAUUGCGGUUCUCGACAAGUUGUGGAUUGACGGUGGCAAUCUCAGUCGGUACGAGCCAGGAAGUCUGAAACCAAUUAAGAAGAUAGAUCACAUGAUUAUAAACCUAAGAAAUAUUUCUGCAUUCUCAGCAAUUGUGAGGGACCUUGUGCACUCUGUCAUUUGGUUAGAAGUAAGAGAAAUCAUAUUGCGGGUUGAAAAAAAAAGCUUGGUGGAGAACUCUACACUUCCUUUUAGAAUACGAAAACUUACAUUUAAAGAUGCUGUGUUCACAGAUCAAGAUAUUACCCAAACAAUAGUAUUACUGAAGGAAAUCACGUCUUUGCGAGAGAUAGAGGCAAUCAAUUGUGUGCUUGAGGGGAAAGGAGAAUGGAAUAUUAGUAAAACUGACACCAGUGCGCCAAGUUCUGUUGAAACAGUAUCAGUAAUAAAUAUAAUGAUUCGGAAUUUUCACUUGUUUUUUGACCUGAAUGGUAUGGAGACACAAAUAAACAAACUUAAAAGACUCACCAUUGCAAGCUCUAAAGUUUUUAUGGUAGCAUGCAAACUUGCAAAACAUUUUUCAUCACUUCUGUAUCUGGACUUCAAUGAUAAUUUGCUUGUAAAUAAUCGCUUAGACGAGACAAUCUGUGAAGGUGCUUGGCCUUCAUUGCAAACUUUAAAUCUAAGUCAAAACUCUCUGAAAUCUCUGAAACAGACAGCAAAUUCUGUAAAUCGUCUACCCGAACUGAUUAAUCUUGACAUUAGCCAAAAUAAGUUUGGUGAGAUUCCAGAUGCAUGUGAAUGGCCCAAAACCCUGAAAUAC